AGCAGCACCGCUCCCCCACACCCAAAGAAGGAGCAACCACCAACACCAAGAGCAACAGCCACCGAGCACCUUAUCGCCGGCCGCCGCCAUGAGCAGCCCUAGUAAUGACGACGACUUUGUCACCAUAACCACCAAGCACCGCAAGAAGCAACAGCAGCCUGCUGCCCUCGGUGACACAGCCAACAAGAAACCCCCUACGGCCAGCAACGGCGCCAGCAGUAGCAGCAAUAGUAACAUCUCGCUGCGGCCGCGUACGAUGUUUGCCAUGAAAGGCCGUGGCCGUACUGAGUCCGAGGGAUCCGCCUACCGUCCGCAAUGGUCCAAGGAUGGCGAGGGUUUCGUGUCGGCGUCCUCGGGCGGCCCCACGUCCUUUAAAGACGCGGCCACAGGAGGCGGACAGAGCGAUGAUCACCGGGGAGAGCGCCGCAAGAGUAAAGUGCUGCGAUACACUAAGGAAGAGCUACUGGCGCUGCAUUUCACAACCACCGAGGCGCCCAAAUUCCCUCCCGAGACCACAGUAGCCUCGGAACACAGUCUACCACCCGUCAGCACGCUUCCCUUCGACUACGAGGAGAUCUACAAGCAGUGGUCACUCAACCGCAAUCGUGGCCGUGGACGCGGUCGUGGCAACGCACCGUCUGGAGGCCAACAGGGCACACGUGGACAACAGGAACGAGGAUCUCGAGGGGACGACACGGAGGGAGCCAAGCAGAGAGAUGAACAGCGACACAACGAAAGAGACUCGACGUGGGAGCGUGGUGCCAAGAUCACGGAAGGAUCGCACGGAGACGAUGUAUGGGAUGAUGUUCUGGAGCCAGGAGCGGAUAGCAAUGAAAUGGACCUGUCAAGUAUGGCGGAGGCGGCGGAGAAAUUCCGACGAGAGAUGGAUGCGAUGCGAGAGGAGCUCCAGGGACCGAAGAUCGAUCCGGACGAGAUUAAGGACGAUUUGGAUGCUUUCGACAAGAAACUAGAGGAUGCUGCGGCUGCUGGACAAUUUGAUGACAGUGAUAACGAAGAAGUACAAUGGGAUGAUCCUGCUCCUGAUGAGCAGCUCAAUUCUAGCACAGCUAAUGAUCCAUUGGAAGAUCGCGAGUCGAAUCUGCUGGGUCGUCAGUCUAGUGGGAGCCAUCUGUUCGAUGCGCUGGAGCCUGCAGGCGAACAGCUUGUGCUUGAGGAGAAGAGUAGCUUCUCUCUGUCUCAAAUGCCGGUGGAUGAAGGUUUCGGCGGCUUAUCGUCGCUACGACUGGAAGUGGAGGACGAAUGGUUUUAUCUGGACCCGCAGGGAUUACAGCAGGGUCCGUUUAAAACAGCAGAGAUGCGGGAAUGGUUCGAGGCUGGGUACUUUAAGCCUCAUCUACCGAUUCGUUUCGGUCGCGAGGGAAUUUUCACUCCCUUGGCGAACCAAUUCGUCCACGGACAAAUGCCUUUCGCUGCCCCACCGUCGCGUAUGAGUGAUAUUGGAGGAAUGCACGUUGAUCCUCGUCAGAAUGAGCAGCAGCGUCUAUUGGAAAUGCAGCGUGAACAACAGCGCCAACAGCAGCAGCAACAACAGCAAAUGAUGGAGCUUCAGAGACAACAACAACAGCAGCGGAUGAUGCAGCUGAACCAGGAAGAGAAGAUUCGAAUGGAGAUGCAACGUCUUGAAAUCGCCCGUCAACAGCAGCAAACGCAAGUGUAUCAGCAGCAGCAGAUGCUGCAACAUCAACAAGAGCAGCAGCGUCAGCAGCAACAACACCAACAGCAAAUGCUACUGCAACAAAGUUCGUGGCAGCGUAGCCAGCGCGAAGGUAUUAUGAGCGCAUUAGGCAUAUUUGGAGGGAACCAAGACGCCAACAUGGGAACAAACGACAACUUCAGAUCGGACGGUAUGCAGAUUCAAUUCCAGUCCGACUACCGCACUCAACACCAGCUGAACAUACAGAAUACUCAACCUCAAGGCUCAAUGUUCCUGAAUGAUGAAGUACAGAGACGUGACCAGGCAUUCUGGCCGAAUGCAGCUCCGGAAAUGUCUGGUUUAGAAAACCCAGCAAGCGCUGUGGGCGAAUUGCAGUCAGCACGGCCGUUGAGUCCAGUGGCGCCGGAAUCUACUGAGCCUCCUGCACCGAAGAGCCCAGCUGCCGCCCCCGUGGUUGAUGCGUGGGGAGCUAGACCAAAGUCCCCGGACCGUCCGUCACCAACACUGUUCGACAUUCAGAACGAGGAGAAACGUCGUGUUGCCAACGAAGUUCGCAAAAAAGACGACCAGACCGAUAUGCAGCAAGAACAACUCAAGGCCGCAUCUCCUAUCAAAUCGCCUCAGAAGGAACGGAAGGCUGAGAAGGAGACGGUUGCGAGUCAGUCUAAAAAGAAUGGCAAGAGUGUCAAGACUGAGACCAAUGCAUGGGCUACUAAGGCGUCGACUGAUAACUCGAAGUCGCUCAAGGAUAUUCAACAGGAGGAGCAGCGUGAAAUGCUCAACAAGAUGAGUGCUGACAAGGGCGACAACGCAAAUCUCGCGCAAAUGGGAGCACAACUCAAGAUGAUGCUGGGCGUAGACUCGACGGCUGUGGCACCGAACGCUCCUUCGCCCCCUGCACCAUCGCCCCCCGCUCAAGUCCCGACAACCAAGGCCGCACCAGCUCCUGCUCCUGCAGCACCAGCAGCAAGUCCGUGGGGCACACCUGCUGUAGUGACGAAAAGCAGCGCCUCCAAGUCAAUGCGCGAUAUUUUGGCUGAAGAGGAGCGUCUGGCACAGGAGCGGGCUAAAGCCAGUGAGAAUACACCGACCAACUCGCACUGGAUGAAUAUCGUGGCGGGCAACAAGGUCGCUGCAGCAGCCAUCCCCAAGCCAUCCCGGUCAGUAUUGGGUCCUGUUCCGGCGUCCGUGCUAAAGAGCCGUCAGCAAAUUCGUGCUGCCAAUGGAGCCGCGAAACCUUCGCCGCCGAAGACCGAGAGCGACGCAUCAUUUUGGAACUUUGGAGCAGCACAGAAGGAGUCUACAUCCACCAGUGCUCAAGUGGGCACUUCGAAUGCUUUCGGCUCAAAGAAUGUGUCGUCGGAGUUCAUGACGUGGGCUCUGAAGCAACUGAAAACUAUUGACAGCAACGCGGAUGUGACGUUGCUGGAAUACUGCGCCACAGUAGAGGACCCUGGUGAGGUCCGCGAGUAUCUUGCGGCGUAUUUGGGAUCGACGCCCCGUGUGUCCGCUUUCGCCACGGAGUUUAUCCAGCGUAAGAAGACCCAACACAGCGGCAAGAAGUCGCCGGGCCACCUGGACGCCCAACAGCGUGCGUCCGAGACGGGGUCGUCGAACAAGCGGGGUAAACGCCGCUCGAAGGGCCAAAAGAUUGAUCCGUCGCUGCUGAACUACUCCGUGGGGAGCUAAGUGAUGCAGUAAGCAGUGACGAGCUAGUGAGUUAGUCGCGUGGUAGGAACAGGCUGGACUGGACAGUACCAGCAGUCAUAGGAACAAACAGGCCACCUCUCGGUUUCCAUCCUAAGUGAAUCGGAGACGACGACGAAAUGUACUGCAGGUCGUGAGUGGGUUGAGCUGCUGCCGUUGUGUUGGUGUUCAUGAAUGGGUUGCACCACUAUGUUAGACUUUGCUAAUUUUGGACUAUUCUAAUCGUC